UUUUCUCCUUCUUCUGUUCCCCUCCCUGUGAGUGCGCACGAUCAGUAGAUGCCGCUGGAUCUCCGGCUGCCGCGGGAGGCGGAUGGGACGCUGCAUGUGACAUCCGUAUGUGCAUAGGAGGAUAACGGUGAUCUCUGGCGGCUCUGUGCAAUGUGACGGGACCCAUCGGGCAGGAAUUGUUUUACCAGCUAGUCCAACAUCUCAAAGAUUGGAAGAAAAAAAAUGGCAAACUCCAGAGAGAACUCACAAAGAAUCUUACUUGAACCUUACAAGUAUUUACUUCAACUUCCAGGUAAGCACAUAAGGACAAAGUUAUCUCAGGCUUUCAACCACUGGUUAAAUGUGCCUGAAGACAAGACACAGGUGAUAAUUGAAGUGACAGAAAUGCUGCACAACGCCAGUCUACUUAUUGAUGACAUUGAAGACAACUCCAAGCUUCGCCGCGGUUUCCCAGUUGCUCAUAGCAUUUAUGGUGUUCCCUCAGUUAUUAAUUCUGCAAAUUAUGUAUAUUUCUUGGGUUUGGAGAAAGUUUUAACUCUUAAUCAUCCAAAUGCUGUCAAUGUUUUUACCCAACAAUUACUUGAACUCCACCAUGGCCAAGGCUUAGACAUAUACUGGAGAGAUACAUAUACUUGUCCUACAGAAGCAGAAUAUAAAGCUAUGGUCUUGCAGAAAACGGGAGGUCUUUUUGGAUUAGCUGUUGGCCUCAUGCAGUUGUUCUCUUCAUAUGAUAAAGACUUGAAGCCAUUGUUAAACACUCUUGGACUGUUUUUUCAAAUCCGAGAUGAUUAUGCAAAUUUAAACUCCAAAGAGUACAGCGAAAACAAAAGCUUUUGUGAAGAUUUGACAGAAGGAAAGUUUUCAUUUCCUAUAAUACAUGCAAUAUGGGCAAGACCUGAAAGUACUCAGGUGCAAAAUAUUUUGCGACAGAGAACAGAAAAUGUAGAUAUCAAGAAAUACUGUGUUCAUUAUCUUGAGAAGGUAGGCUCUUUUGAAUAUACGAGGCAAACUUUAAAAGAAUUGGAAAGUGAAGCAUACGGCCUCAUUGAAUCUUUAGGAGGAAAUCCCGAGUUGAUUUCAAUAAUUGACAACCUUAGCAAAAUGUAUAAAAGCCCAUAAUAAUGUAAUCUUUAAACUGUUGCUGAUGAUACUAUAUGGGUUAAUGCACUCAAUACUUUACAUAUACUAAUAUCAAUUGUGCAUUAUAAAGGUUUUUAUUUUAUUUUUUUUAUCCUAAAAGGGCUUUUUCGCAAGUAUUAUUUCACCCAGACUACAUUGGCAAGCUCCUAGUUUUUCUACUGUUAAUUCACAAUUGACUCAACCUUGAGUAAUUUAUGGUAAAGUAGUCCACUUCAGCAACUGAUUUCAGACCAGGUUAAAUACAAUAUGUCCUGUAACUAGAAUUGUCAUGCUCCAACUACAUCAAUAAACAGACUUUUCAUAAACAUAUCCAUAGAUGCCAUGAAGUCUUUUGAAACUGAAUACCUCCCACUUAGUGCCCUCUGCUGAUCACCACCAGUUACAGUAACAGCUGGGCAUGCACUGAUUAUCCAUCCUGCCAACCAGCCUUGCCAGCCCUCCACUCUGUAGGAAUUCCUGUGAAGGAGGAGACGAGAGUUUUUGGCUGAUGGGCAGAACAAAGAGUGCCUACUUAAAUGUCAGGGGUUUUGGUGUUAGCAGUGUUUCUUUUCUCUCUUUUUUUUUAAAUUUAACUCAGGAAUAUGAGAUAGGAAAGGAGUAGAGUAAUGGGUCCUCUGCUUUAUAUUGGGUAUAUAAUAUUAUUUUAUUAUUCACUAUGUAACCCUGAUCUGCUGUUACAUACUGUAUAAAAUAAAGUGCUUCAUUUCAUUUUU